AUGACGAACUACAAGACUUCUCUUGAUGAGACUAAUCUCUUCAAGCCUAUUAAGGUUGGCAACCUCCAGCUUGAACAUAGAGCGGCCCACGCUGCGACUUCGAGAGCCAGAUCAGUCAAUUUCACCCCGACAGACAUCAUGCUUAAGUACUACGAUUCUCGUUCCAAAUACGCUGGAACUCUCAUAGUUGUUGAAUCUGUUCUUGCUUCUCGAUCGAGCGGUUUAGUGCCAUUCAAAUCGGGAUUGUGGCUAGAUUCUCAGGCUCAGGCUUUUCGUAAAAUCACAGAUUCUAUCCAUGCCAACGGCUCAUAUGCGGCUAUCCAGUUGUUUUCACCAGGACGUACUGCUAACUUGGACUUGCUUGAAAAACACCUACUUCCAUUUGUUGCUCCUUCGGCCGGUUUGUAUGUCUCAGAAGCUCUGAAGGCUAAGGCACUUGAAAAGGGUAACAAGUUGAGAGCCUUGAGCGUAGAAGAAAUCCAUGAAGUUCAAAACGAAUAUGUAGCCAGCGCUGUUAAUGCCGUGACCAACGGAAACUUCGACAUAAUCGAGAUCCACGGUGGCUCUGGUCACCUUGUAGAACAGUUCUUGUCUCCGAUUGCUAAUAUAAGAUCAGACAAGUAUGGUGGAAGUGUUGAGAACAGAGCUAGAUUUGUUCUUGAACUCAUCGAUAAAUUAAUCGAGCAUCCAGCUAUAGGAGCCUCUCGUGUAGCAUUACGUUUGUCGCCUUGGUCAGAUACCAAUGGUAUGGUUUAUCCAGAAAAUAUACCGUGCAGUGAAAACCCUACUUUGCUUGCCUGUCAAUACAUUGCACAGCAAUUGCAAGACAGGGCAGACGAGGGCAAGGAGGUUGCUUAUUUGUCAGUUUGUGAGCCUAGAGUGUCUGGUUCUGGCGAUGCUGACCCUACGGGAAAGUCAAACGAGUCGAUCUACAGGCUCUGGAAGGGAGUAUUGAUGCGUACUGGAGGAUAUGCCACCAACUUCAAAGGUGAUCCUUUGGCUAUCAAAUCCAAUGUGGCCAGAUUGAAGGUUGUGAAUGGCGAAGUGUUACACUACCAGGAUCUUAUCCACGAUGUCAACGUAGACGACAGAACAUUGAUAGGAUUCUCCAGACCCUUCACUUCAAAUCCUGAUUUAGUAACCAGGUUGCAGAAGGGCUGGAAACUCGACGUUUACGAUAGAGACUAUUUCUACAGCCAUACUGUCGAUGGUUAUUUGACAUUCGGAGAGUAUAAUAACGAUGAGGACAACAACCAUUUGCAGUUGUCGCCCGAGGAGUUGUCCAGAGAGGGUGUUCCAUUGGUGUAA